AAGUUGAUGGAAAAAGUAAAGUCAACCAACUAAUUCUCUGAAUAGUCAAGUGGCUCCAUUUACAAAGUCUAACUUUUUAUCCUUGUACUUUUUGCUUUAUCAUUCUUCUAUUCUUAACCAAAAUCAUUUCAUCUUGAAAAGUUUAUGAAAUCUCAGCUACUCAGUGAGCAAUCACUAGCAUCACCCUAAAGGCCUAGUGUCUUAUCUUUCUCCUGUUUUGGGUAUUUCCUUUUGCUUUUUCAUUUGGGGUUGCAACUUUUGUACACUCCUAGAUUUUGGAGUUGUUUGUUUGCAUGCUUGUCUGGUUGUGUUUGAAAGAUAUAACAGAAGCCUUUUAGUAUUGGGGUGAUUUUAGUUGAUGGGUGCUUGUUGGAGCAGUGGGACGAAGGCUGUGAGCCCUUCCAGUGCAGGGUUCACUUCUAGAAGUGUGAGCAGAGAGGGCUAUGACAUCCAUUCAAGUAGCAGGAACUCAUCAGCCUCCAUACCCAUGACCCCUCGGAGUGAGGGUGAGAUCUUACAAUCUUCAAAUUUGAAAAGCUACAGCUACAAUGACCUAAGAAUAGCAACAAAACAUUUCAGCCCAGACAAUGUCUUAGGGGAAGGUGGAUUUGGUUCAGUUUUUAAGGGUUGGAUUGAUGAACAUUCGCUUUCUGUUACCAAGCCUGGUAUAGGCAUGGUUGUUGCUGUGAAGAAACUUAACCAAGAGGGGUUCCAGGGUCACAAGGAAUGGUUGGCUGAAAUCAACUAUCUCGGGCAACUGCAGCAUCCUAAUCUUGUCAAGUUGAUAGGCUACUGCUUAGAGGAUCAGCACAGGCUUCUAGUUUAUGAAUAUAUGCCAAAGGGCAGUGUGGAGAAUCAUCUAUUCAGGAGGGGGUCUCAUUUUCAGCAGCUUUCUUGGACAUUAAGAUUGAAAAUAUCCCUUGGGGCUGCUAGGGGUCUUGCUUUUCUCCAUAACUCAGAAACUAAAGUCAUAUACAGAGACUUUAAGACUUCUAAUAUCCUGCUUGAUACGAACUAUAAUGCCAGACUUUCUGAUUUUGGGCUGGCCAGAGAUGGACCCACUGGUGAUAAGAGCCAUGUUUCUACAAGGGUCAUGGGAACACAUGGAUAUGCAGCACCAGAGUAUCUAGCAACAGGUCACCUCACUGCCAAGAGUGAUGUGUAUAGUUUUGGAGUAGUACUUUUGGAAAUGUUAUCAGGAAGACGUGCCAUAGACAAGAAUAGGCCAUCUGGGGAACAGUGCUUAGUUGAAUGGGCAAAACCUUACCUUGCUAACAAAAGAAGGGUUUUUCGUGUAAUGGAUAGUCGUCUAGAAGGUCAGUAUUCCCUUAACCAAGCUCAAAGAGCAGCCACUCUUUCUUUUCAGUGUCUUUCUGUAGAGCCCAAAUACAGGCCAAACAUGGAUGAGGUGGUGAGAGUAUUGGAGCAAAUACGUGACUCAAAUGAUCAAGUGAAAAAUGGUGAUCAUAAUAAAAAGCGUCGACUAAGUGGCUCUGCCUCUGGCCAUGGCCACCCAAAUGGACUCCCUGCAUCUGCUAGCACAGGAAGUUCUGAUGCUCCAAAAAAGUUGGCUUAUCCAAGGCCUUCUGCUUCUUUUCUGUAUGCUUAGUCAAGGAAUUUUCUGGUGAGAAAGGAGUAGCUGUUCUUAGAUGUGACAUGAACCAUACCUGUUAAGUAAUGUAUAGUUCCCUUUAAAAUCUUGUAUUUUGGCCUACAUUUUGUCAUUGUAACACUGAUUGUUAACAUAGUUCCAUCUGUUUCCGUAAAGUUUUU